AUGGCCGAGAGCCGUGGCUCAUGGUCCCAUCUCCAUAGGCGUUCUGCGGCAGCACGUUCAGCAAGUCGUCGUCGUCAUCAUCCACGUCGUUUGGCCAGAGCGAAGACGUGGUCGUCGUCGUCAACAUGGUCCUCUCGUCUGCGCCAUGCGUGCCGCAUCGCGACGACAGCUUUGGAACCUUGGAGGGUGUGUUCGAAAUGCAAAUGGCAUUUCGCAGGACGCCAGCCACACAAACGCGGUGUGGUGUACUGCGAAGUGUCACUUGUAUGCAACCCAAGCCCAGCCUCCGUGCUUCCAGCGCAGUCGUUGUCCGUGUAA